AUCACUUUCUCUCUCCUCAUCUUCCUAUCAUUUUCUCUCUCCUACUCUUCCUUUUUUUCUCCUCUAUCCCUCGCUUUCGAGGGCCCUUUUUUUUUGCCAUUUUUUUUCAUUUUUAUUUUUCUAAAUCUUCCAAUUAAUUUUUCAAUUUCUUCUUCGAUUUUGAUUUUUGCUCAUCUAUCUAAUUUUGGGAAAAUUUCCCCCAAUUUCGACGUUUUUUAGAAACCCUAAAAUUCUGAUUUUCGUCGGGAAAAAAAUAUUAUGCAUCAACAAAGAUUGAAGCAACAACAACAACAACAAGCGAUGAUGCAACAAUCGAUCCUUCAGCAGCAAGCUUCUCUUUAUCAUCCCGGUGUUCUCGCUGCUCCUCCCCAGAUAGAGCCUAUCUUGAGUGGAAAUCUGCCACCAGGCUUUGAUUCAAGUGCUUGCCGCAGUGUGUACGUUGGGAACAUUCACCCCCAAGUCACUGAUCCACUUCUUCAAGAAGUUUUCUCUAGCACCGGUCUUAUUGAAGGAUGCAAGCUGAUUAGGAAGGAGAAGUCCUCAUAUGGCUUUGUGGAUUACUAUGACCGCAGAUCAGCUUCUCUCGCUAUUGUUUCCCUUAAUGGGCGUCAUCUAUUUGGGCAACCUAUUAAAGUUAAUUGGGCAUAUGCGAGCAGUCAAAGAGAGGACACUACAAAUCAUCACAACAUAUUUGUUGGAGAUUUGAGCCCUGAGGUUACUGAUGCUACAUUGUUCGCUUGCUUCUCUGCUUACCAAAGCUGCUCAGAUGCUCGAGUAAUGUGGGAUCAGAAGACUGGACGUUCUAGGGGUUUUGGUUUUGUUUCUUUUAGGAGCCAGCAGGAUGCCCAGAGUGCAAUCAAUGACCAAAAUGGAAAGUGGCUUGGAAGUAGACAAAUUCGUUGUAAUUGGGCUUCUAAGGGUGCUGUAGGCGGUGAUGACAAGCCAAUCUCAGAUACUAAUAGUGCUGUGGAACUCCCAAAUGGAUCAUCUGAAGAAGGUCAAGAGAAGACAAAUGAUGAUGCUCCAGUUAACAACCCUCAGUAUACUACUGUUUAUGUCGGCAACCUUGCUUCUGAGGUUACAUCAGCUGACCUUCAUCGUCAGUUUCACGUUUUAGGUGCUGGUGUUAUCGAAGAUGUCCGGAUACAACGAGACAAAGGUUUUGGUUUUGUGAGAUACAGCACUCAUGCAGAAGCUGCCCGAGCUAUCCAUCUUGGGAAUGCACGGGUCCUCUGUGGAAAACCUUUAAAGUGCUCUUGGGGCAGCAAGCCUACUCCACCUGGAGCAAGCUCUACACCACUUCCUCCUCCACCUGUUCAGGCAUCAGGUUACACUGCCGCUGAUCUGGCUGCCUAUGAGCGGCAGCUUGCUCUAGCCAAAAUGGGCGGUGUUCAGGCUCUCAUGGGUCAGCAUCCGCUUAAAGCUGCUGCUAUGGGAAUGGGUGCUCCUGGUGCCAGCCAGCCAAUCUACGACCCUGCAUAUCAGAAUCUUGCUACAUCACAACAGCUAAUGUAUUAUCAUUAAAGUGUUCCUAUCUGAUAACCUUUUCUUCUUCUUAUUCCUGAUGGAUGUAAUGGUAUAUUAGCCUUUUACCCUCUCUAUUUUCCUUUUCUUUUGUUUUUCAAGUCAUAGUAUUAUGAUUUCCUUCUUUAUAUACUUACAGUAUGGAAACGGUAGAAAGAUGUAUUGAUAUCACAAAAUAUGUGCACUUGCCUGCAUAUAUUUCAGAGCUUGUAUUAUCGGUUUUACAACCUCCUAUUACAGAUGUAAUUUAUUGAGAUCUUUGCGACAGAUUUUCGUUCCCCCUUGUUUUCUCUAAUGAUGAAGUAUAUUAUUCUCGAAGUCGAAUA